GGUCUUUCUUCUUUCUUCACUUUCUCUCUCUCUUAUAUCUGUGUUGCCUCUGAUUCUCAAGUUGAGGAUUCCUUUUACCAACAACGCAACACAACUUUCUCUCAUUCACCAUGUCUUCUUACGGCGGCAGCGGUGGCUACCAGCGCGAUUCCUAUCGCUCCGGCGGUGGCGGCGGCUACUCAAACGGUUACUCUAAUGGCCAUGGAGGCGGCUAUGGAGGUCGCGGCGGCGGUUACGGUGGUGGUGGUGGUAGUGGCUACGGAGGUGGCUACGGCGGUGGUGGUUACGGCGGCGGCGGUUACGGACGCGGCGGUGGUGGUGCCGGUGCCGGUGCCGGCGGUGACCGCAUGGGUAACUUGGGUUCCGGUCUGAAGAAGCAGGACUGGGAUCUCGACACACUCCCUAAAUUCGAGAAAUCCUUCUACAAGGAGCACCCCGAUGUGACUGCCCGGUCCCAGCGUGAAGUCGAUGAAUUCCGCAAGAAGUGCGAGAUGACUGUUCAGGGACGGGAUGUCCCUCGUCCAGUCGAGACCUUCGAUGAAGCCGGUUUCCCCCAAUAUGUUCUGAGCGAAGUUAAGGCUCAGGGGUUUGAGAAGCCUACGGCUAUCCAGUCUCAGGGUUGGCCUAUGGCUCUCUCCGGUCGUGAUGUUGUUGGUAUUGCCGAAACCGGCUCCGGAAAGACCUUGUCAUACUGUCUCCCCGCUAUUGUUCACAUCAACGCUCAGCCUCUCCUAGCUCCUGGAGAUGGGCCUAUUGUCCUUAUUCUCGCUCCUACCCGUGAAUUGGCGGUUCAGAUCCAGGCUGAAAUCAGCAAGUUCGGAAAGUCGUCUCGCAUCAGGAACACUUGUGUGUACGGUGGUGUCCCCAAGGGUCCUCAGAUUCGCGAUCUUUCCCGCGGUGUUGAGGUCUGCAUUGCCACUCCCGGUCGACUCAUUGAUAUGCUCGAAGCUGGCCGCACCAACCUUCGCCGAGUUACUUACCUCGUUCUUGACGAGGCCGACCGCAUGUUGGAUAUGGGUUUUGAGCCCCAAAUUCGCAAGAUCAUUUCUCAGAUUCGCCCUGACCGCCAGACAUGCAUGUGGUCAGCUACCUGGCCCAAGGAGGUCCGUCAGCUCGCCAGCGAUUUCCUCAACAACUACAUUCAAGUCAACAUUGGUUCGAUGGACUUAUCCGCCAACCACCGGAUCACUCAGAUUGUAGAAGUUAUCUCAGAAUUUGAGAAGCGUGAUCGCAUGAUCAAGCAUCUUGAGAAGAUCAUGGAGAACCGCGGCAACAAGUGUCUCGUUUUCACUGGUACUAAGCGCAUUGCCGACGAGAUUACACGUUUCCUCCGUCAGGACGGAUGGCCAGCACUUUCCAUUCACGGUGACAAGCAACAACAAGAAAGAGAUUGGGUUCUGAAUGAGUUCAAGACAGGCAAGAGCCCAAUCAUGGUGGCCACUGACGUGGCUUCCCGUGGUAUCGAUGUUCGUGACAUUACUCAUGUCAUCAAUUAUGAUUACCCCAAUAACUCAGAAGACUAUGUUCACCGUAUUGGUCGAACUGGUCGUGCGGGUGCUAAGGGUACCGCCAUUACCUUUUUCACCACUGACAAUGCUAAGCAGGCUCGUGACUUGGUCACUAUCCUCUCUGAGGCCAAGCAGCAGAUUGACCCCCGUCUCGCUGAGAUGGUCCGCUACAGCGGUGGCGGCGGCCACGGUGGUGGUUAUGGCCGUUGGGGUGGUCGUGGCGGCGGUCGUGGUCGCGGUGGUAACUUCACUGCCUCCAACGCAGCGCCUCUUGGUAACAACCGUCGCUGGUAGACCAUCAAUGCCCCCUGCAUUCAUGAGCUUGUACUCCCCACAUUCGACGGUAGACGAUCGAUUUUUGCACUUUCCGACUUGCGCGUUUCCGUUGUUCUUUGAUAUCUCUUCGUAACUCAAUAUGGGCGGCGUUGGUCAAUCUCACGAUAGACUCGUUAUGUUUUUACUCGAGCUUUUACAGGUUCCGGACUGGGAUGAUAACCGUGGUCAUUUUACGCACUUACACGGAUAUACGUUAAUUCUUUCUCUGCUUUAAAAAGUCGUUCUUUUUAGCCUGGACAUGAUUGGCUCCCAGUAGGUAGCUUGCCAAUCAUCAUUCCAAAGAUUGACAUUG